UGUAUUGCGAUUCACAAAGACGGAGGGGUAGACAUGCGGUGUCCGUGUGACAGGAAGGCAGACUCUGGAUUCUCAGCUGUUUCAACGGCAGAGGAAGUCACGCAGGGAAUAGAUGGGACCGGUCUCACCGCCAUCGUUACCGGAGCAUCAAGUGGAAUUGGUGCUGAAACAUGCAGGGUUCUCACGUUGCGUGGUGUGCAUGUCGUAAUGGCAGUCAGGAACCUAUCAACCGGUUCUGCUGUCAAAGAGGCAAUCAUGAAAGAAAUUCCUACCGCUAAAGUGGAUGUCAUGGAACUUGACCUCAGCUUGAUGGCAUCUGUUAGAAAAUUUGCAGAAAAUUUCAAUAUGCUGAAUCUCCCACUGAACAUUCUGAUCAACAAUGCAGGAAUUGCGUUGGUUCCAUUCAUGCGUUCCCGGGAUGGCAUUGAGCUGCAUUUUGCAACAAACUACUUAGGUCAUUUUCUUUUGACAAAUCUUUUAUUGGAAAACAUGAGAAUUACAGCCCGUAAUAGUGGCAUAGAAGGAAGAAUUGUUAUUGUCUCUUCUGUAGCUUACAAGGCUACGUAUCGUGAAGGAAUUCGUUUUGACAAAAUCAAUGAGAAGUCAGGGUACUAUGAUUUUCGUGCUUAUGGACAAUCAAAGCUUGCCAACAUACUGCAUGCUCGUGAGCUUUCUAACCAUCUUAAGGAAAAAGAUAUAGGAGUUACAGUUAAUUCACUUCAUCCAGGGGUCAUUACCACCAAUAUAUUGCGGCAUCGGAGUUUCUGGAAUGGUAUAUUACCGUCUUUUUAA